UAUGCAUUGUCGAAUGAAUGCCGAAGCGCUGUUGCAUUCGCAGGUUCGAGCUUCAAACUUCACCGACGAGGGAUUGGUGAACGUUUCCUGUAGAGGAGCGAGAAAUAAGCGUGUCGAGAAUGCUGUGCUCCAAAUACUGCUUUGCAAGGGCGCUUUGUAGUAGCGUAGGACUGGAGCCGCCUUUGGGGAAAGCAUGGGAGGUGAAAUUGGGGUGGAAGAUUGAAAGAGCCGAGAGAGUGAAGGCCACAGCUGCGAUUGGCAAUGGGCAAGCAGGAGGAGACUUUUUAGAGCGAGAGAGGAGUGUUGCGGUGAGUUCGCGUGUGGGUGCUCGGGAGAGACGGUUGCAGAAAGUCCAUGAGGAGAGGAGACGGCGAAAGAGUGAGGAAGAGGGCAAAUACCCCGAGUGGGCGACGGUUCUGGAAAAUGCAGCCAAGGAGGAUGAGGAGCUACGAGAAAUUCUUGGAGAUACCAUUGGUAAUCCAGAAGAGAUGAAACGGCGAGUGGAAGAAAGAGUUGGAAGAAAAGGUCGACGCAUUUCUGAUGCCAGAACGGGAUCAACAAUUCCGAUGGCUGUAUCUUUCCGCGAUUUCGAUUCCAUGGAUAGUCACAUCUGGCUGGAGUUCUACGCCCCUCCCACAGACAAAGACAUGGAUUUGAUCGGCAGUGUAUUCCGGUCAUGGUUUGUGUUGGGCCGACUCGGUGGCUUCAAUUCCAUGAAUAUGCAGAUCAUUAAAGUUCCUCUAAAUGCACCACUCAGAUAUAGCACGGAGAAAGCUCAGGAAGCAUUGAGUGCCUUUUUCCAUGACAUUAGUGACGUAGAGUUUCAAGAAAGCUGGGCCCGCGUAUGGAUAGAUUUAGGAACAUCAGAUCCUUGCUGUCUCGAUGUGCUUAUAAACGCAUUAACUACUGUCAGCUCGGACUUCGUGGGCAUCAAACAACUGGUUUUUGGGGGUAAACAUUUAGGCGAUUGGGAUGAAGAUUUGAAGAGCAAUGAAGAUGGCUAUAGAGCAUACAAAAUAUGAGUUCAACUGUUAGACUUUUGGUCCUAUUUAUUAAGAUGAGCACAAUCAAGUGAAGUAUAUUUCUGGUGAGCUGCACUUGGAAUUCCCUGUGCAGCUUCUACAGCUUCGUUCUUUUAACAAUAGCCAUUUAAAGCAGAAGACUUAUAAUUCAUAAAAGAAUAGCAAUAGCCAUUUAAAGAAGAAGACUUAUAAAUCAUAAAAGAGUAGCACAUGUAAAUUUAGUUUGUUUUCAAGAGAAUGUUUAACAAGGUUUUAAUUUUCUAGGUCUAAGAGCUGGUUUGUAUAUGUUAGAUGGAGUCUAAUUCUAAAUUCUUUGAGCUUGUGGGUGUUUUAA